AUGGCAACGCUUAUCAAGAACAACAUUGUUCGUUAUCUGUUUUUUGUUUGUGAUUUUUUUUGAUUUCAUAACAGCGUUCUUUUCGAUGUAUCUCUCUCAAGUUAUAAUUGAAACCAUUUCAUAAAUAUGUUUCCAGGAAGCCAUGCCAGUCGAAAUCGAUACAAUCAAAGAGGGAGAUGGUUCGACUUUCCCACAAAAGGGUCAAACCGUCACCUGUCACUACGUUUUGACUUUGCAAAAUGGAAAGAAGGUUGAUUCGUCGCGCGAUCGUGGAACUCCAUUCCAAUUCAAAAUUGGAAAAGGAGAAGUCAUCAAGGGAUGGGAUGAAGGAGUUGCCAAGGUGAUUAUUUUGAAAUUUGAUUGGAUUUCACAUGUCUAGAAGCCAAGCUCAAAAAGUUCCCUUUACAGUUAGAAAAUACAUCAAAAUUCUUUCAGAUGUCCGUUGGACAACGCGCCAAACUCACAAUCUCGCCAGAUUUGGGCUACGGACCACGCGGAGUUCCACCAACCAUCCCAGGAAACUCGACUUUGGUCUUCGACGUCGAACUCAUCAACACCAAGUAA